UUAUUGAAUUCAACAGUAAUAAAAACCCAUCUCAUUUUCAUUUGCAAUGAUAAUCAUAACGUGAAGGUAAGAUUUAUUUUUUAUGAACACAGGAGAAUAAAUCUUAACCAGUUAUUUUUCUAUCAAGUCAUGCUGUAUCUGUCCUUCAUGUGGUAUUUAGUUUUUCUAUCUAAUUCUAUCUAAAUAUAAGUCUAAUAUUCUCAAAAUUAAGAUAAGUCAAACAGAUACUCAACAUUGUUAUAAUUUAAUUCCAGUUGGUGAAAAUGUGAUGUGGAUAAUGGAUGAAUUACUACUUUUCUCAGGUGCAAAGACUACAUCUUGACACAACGUACAUUUUCAUCAGAGUUAAAAAAACUUGUCCUGAAGGUUUUGACUUCAUUUUAAGCUAAUCAAGACACAUAUUGCAUCAAAAUGCUCAUCUAUGGGUCUUUAAUGGACUAAUAGACUGCUAUCUACAUCGACUUGUUGUUCCCUAAGAGUGCCGAUCCCAAGGCUGACACGCAAGAUACACCGCCGUAUGAUGACAGCACCUUCUAUCAGUGAGUUACUGCUAUUCCUCUAUCUGUGUAGUUAAUGAUUCACUCCAAUCACUUGUGUGGGUUUUUAACAAGCAGCUAUAAACAUGACCCCCACCGUGACGGUAAUGAAACAAUCUGUGCUUAAUUGUAAGUCUGAUCACAAAAUUUAGGGGAAUGAGAAAACUUGUUGGUUGAAACCAGAUAACGAGUCGAUCCUCAAGCCAACCCAUUGAUCAGUACUUUUAAAUAUUUUUACUAGAUGAGCUUAAAAUGAGGUAGUAAAAACAAACCACAAGAAGUGUGUGUAGGAGAGGAGAGAGGGGGAGAGAGAGAGGGAGACCCUGACGUGUGUAGGAGAGGAGAGGAGGGGGACCACCCUGACCUGUGAGUAGGCGUGAACGGCUCCAAUCAGUAGCAUGUGCACCGUUACAGCAUCAUAACAAAGUUGUCCUGCUGCUGGACAGCAGCUUUAUCACACCGUCACUGUAUUGAUGAGAUCCUGAUACUGGUGAGUGAUGAAGUUUUCGGUUUCAAUAUUAUUCUCAGUUUUACUUAUUGUGCUCGAGUUUUACAACAGCAAUUAACCGUAUCACCAUAUCAAGGUUUAUCUGAAGACGAAAAUGAGGACUAUUUUUGUUGUAUGUGAUAUUUGAGAAUUUACGUUAAGAAACCAAAUGAAUGUGAUGAAUGAAUGAGUGUAAUGUCAUUAGAUCAAGAGGCACUAAACUGCUACAUGCCUUGCAUUUCUUAAAGAUCACAUCAAAAUCAAUUCAAUAGUUAGAUACUAAUCAGAUAUUUAGUAUUGGUGGUAACUGAAUGGUUAUACAGGGGUUGUUAUCAGCUCACUAAAGCCAAAUUAUAUGAAAAAAAAGGUCAGGGUUUGAAUUUUUUUUUUUAAAUGCCUUAUAUCAUAGAAAAAAAUGUCUUAUCAAGUUACUGAGAAUAAAAAAAUAGAAGUUAAUUGAGAGACUACCUGAAAAUUGACUGAAAGUGACAGUAUAGUGAUGAUCAAUGUGCCUGUAUUCAAAAUAAUCUCACAAUUCUAUUUUUGAAAUUAAUGUUCAAAGGCAAAGUAACAUUAGUGUUAAGAUAAUAGUGGGAGCUCUCUUUUAAUUCCUCAGUCAGUUGUUUCAAACUCAAUGGUCAUGUUGUGACUGAAGUAUGUGGAGUUGUUUAACAGCCUAAAUUCCUAAAUUCCUGGUGACUUGGUCACAAAAAAGGAAACUAAUAUAAAAUGACAAAGAGUACCACAAAUCAUGAUGGCAUAUACCAAACGCAGGAAAAAUUAGUAAAGAGUGCUUACAAUCAGGCCCUCCUAAUAAUGACUGAAAGAUGCUUAACUGGAUAUUUGCUGACACAUUGCAAACUACAGCCUGUCAAAUUAAAUCAACUCCUCUGACAAUCUCAGAUCAAUUUCAUGAGCUUCACUAUAUGUGAAAUUACUGCGGGGAAACAGUAUUACAUUGAGAGGAAGUGAUUCUUUUUUUCUCGCUCUGCGGGUAAUGAAACCAAAUGUUUGCUUGUUUUAUGAGAGCAGGAAGUUGCAGUUAAAACCUUAUUGACAGUUUGACUGUCGUCUUGUAUAUCAAAUAUAAAUCCAGCGAUGCUAGCCGUGUAUUCAUGUCUCCUCGGCAAAUUUACAUAAAAACAGCAGAUGUUUUGAGUUUAUUAAGUUUUUACUUGCCACGGGUUCAACUCCAGCAGGAGCAGCUGAACCUGUUCCUUCCUCCCAUCUUAUGUUCACUUCAACCAUCCUCAUUUCCUCCAGAUGUGAGAGCGACACAGUGAUUUAAAGUGUUGGAGCAGCAAAUCAUUUUGGGACAUGGAGCAGUGGAAUAUGACUGAUGUGCCAACCAAGCCAUUCUCACCUCUGUCUAACUGCACCGUGGACACCAGCUACCGCUUCACCUUCUAUCAGGUGUCCUACGGUGUCAUCUUCCUGCUGGGGUUGGCCACCAACAGCCUGGCUCUGCGCAGACUGUGUGUGUCUCCCUGCACCAUGAACAGCACAGCCAUUUACAUGGUCAGCCUGUCAGCGGCCGACUUGUUUUUUGUCAUCUCUCUGCCCCUGAGAAUCUACUACUACCACCAAAAGGCCAGAGCAUCGUCCACCAAGACAGGAGAUCUGUCCAGUUGGACUCAAGGGGUGGCGUAUUGCCACCUCACUUUCACCCUCAAAUACAUCAACCUAUAUGGAGGCAUUUUCUUCCUGCUGUGCAUCACUGUGGACCGUUACUUUGCUGUAGUGCACCCGCUGGCCUCGACACUCCGCAGGCUGCGUGUUGCACAGCUGGUAAGCGGGGGAAUCUGGUGCCUGGUGCUGGGGCUCAGCGUGAGUCUGCCUCUGCUGCGCUCUGCAGCCGCUCACCAACACCAACCCUGUCUGCUGGACCCGUCCUCGCAACGCCACCGCACCAUCAUCCUGGUAGCUCUGGGCUUAGUGCUCGGGUUAUUUCUGCUGCCCACUGUGCUACUUCUCUGCAGCUACUGCCGAGUGCUGAGUGUGCUUCGCCAGCCGAGGCACCGCUCCCGCAGCCAGCGCCGCCGGCACACUCUCACAGUUAUUUACUGGGUGCUAGGCAUCUUCCUGCUGUGCUUUGUCCCCUAUCACAUCAACCUCCUGGGAUACACCCUCACACAUGUGGGGCUGCUGCAACAUUGUGGUCUGGCCAAGGUGACCAAGGCUGUGCACCCCGUGGUGCUAUCACUAGCUAGCUCCAAUUGCUGCCUCAACCCGCUCAUCUACUAUUUCUCCGGCAGCCUGGUGCACAGGGAGGCGCCCGGUGGUGGAGGCAGUGGCAGCCAGUGACACAGAUCAUUUCUUCAUCAUUAUCUUACAAACACUGGUUUACUUUAUUGAACGGAUUCAUAAAAUUGACCAAGACUUUGUCUAUUCCUAUAUAGUAUCAACAUGUUCUCAUACAACAGUUCGUAUGAUAUUUUUAGUUUUCCUACGAAUGUUCAGCAACACCUGACGGACGUGUCAAUUUCCACUCCAGUCUUUUCAAAAUAA